AUUCUGCGUCUGCGUGUACAUUUUUACAUUUCGCCAGCUGGAACGAGAGCGAGCAGCAGGAUUCCGUUUCUAACUAGGAAAGAAAGAAAAAAAACGUCACCGGGUAAAUUAUAAUGACAUUAAAUAUGUCAAACAGCUAACCUCAAUGUUUAGAAUAACAUUGCAUUUUAUGUAUUUCAAAUCUGAAACGGAGCAGUUUCUAUCUGGCUAAAUAAUGUAACGUUAGCUCGCUCAUGAUGCCUGAAUAGUUAACGUAACUAACAACAUUUCGUGAAAAGGGCUAGCUAACAUUAGUUACUACUAGAAACAUUUUAGCUGCUUGACUAGCCCAAGCACCAAUUUAGUGUUGGUACCCAUGUAGAGUCACAAUGGGACGACCAAAGAGGACGACCAAACAACGUAAAAACCCCAAGUUGGACAAAUUGGAGGCUUUUCUCGAAGAUUUCGACAGUGAGGUGAAAACUGUAGUUGAAAGGCUGAAGGAGAGGACAAACAGCCUCCUGAAAGAUGCAGACAACAUCUUCAACAUGGCUGUGAUCAAGCUGCCAAAAGCAGUGAGACAGAUGAACUGGCUUGAGCAUUGUGGGUCAGAGAAACCAAAGUCACCAGUGGAGGAUGCCAAGAAAGUAGAGGAGGCUGCACAAGUCGAGAGCAUCAUGGCUGAAGUCCAUACUAUUCCCCCCAAGACUGCUAAAAAAGCAAUGUCGAAAAGCGGUGAAGCCAGGACAAGUUCAGAGGAUGAGGAGAACACUAUUAUGGCCAGAGGGAAGAAGGUUAGUGCUGUAUUCAUUGGCAAGGGUAAAUCAACUAGGAAACCUCUGUCAAAGAGGGCCGAAGCACUGUCAGUCAGCAAGCAGAACACCUCCAUCAAAAAGACCAGUAGGAAGCCACUGGUCACUCCUUCUAGGAACAUGCUGGACAGCUCCCUGAUGGGCCCUACCCCUCUCAUCACACCACGCUUCGACUCCUGGCUUCCCAAGACCCCAGCGACGAGGAUACCGCGCCACAAGGAGAGGGUGUACAGCAUCUCGGUCAACGGCUCCCCCAUCUCAGAAGGCGGUAAUGAUAUCGUCAUCAAUGUCCCUGUGGGGAACGGAGCGAGCAUUCAGCUGCUGGCCAGUCAGAUGGACACUGUGGAUCUGGGACAGCUGGAUGAGACGGCCGUAAGGAGCAUUCGUCUGCUACAGAACCGUCUUACAACACUGUGUGGAACAUCCGAGUGACCUCUGCACCUUCAGUCCUAGCAUUUUUCUCCCCAAUUUCGAUCUUGUCUCAUCGCUGCAACUCCCCAACGGUCUCGGGAGAGGCGAAGGUCAAGUCGUUCGUCCUCCAAAACAUGACCCGCGCUUCUUAACACCUGCCCACUUAACCAGGAAGCCAGCUGCACCAAUGUGUCGGACGAAACACUGUUCAACUAACGACCGAGGCGGGCCUGCAGGCGCCCGGCCCAGCACAAGGAGUCGCUAGAGCAUGAUGAGCCAAGUAAAGCCCUCCCGGCUAAACCCUCCCCUAACCAGGACGACGCUGGGCCAAUUGUGAGCUGCCCUACGGGACUCCCGGCCAAGGCCAGGUUGUGAAGUCCCAGCAUUUUUUUUUGUACAAGAUUCUACCUUCACAUUUUUUAAAAUGUUUUUUAAAACUACUGUCUGUAUAUUUCUUAUAUUUUUAAUACAUAGUUAUGUUUAUCUGUCAAUCUGCAUCAUGGUGUUUCUUUGCAUUAUUUUUGUUUAAGUCUUAGAUUUAAGAAUCAAUGUCAGACAUGACUUUAUUUGAGACACUUCUUCAGGGAUGCUCAAAGCAUCCAGUAAGGGAAUGUCCUAGUCUUCCAUCAUAGCGAUUUUAUAGGUUGUACAUUUGACCAAAAUGAAUAAACCCUAACUACACUCUUCCCCUCAUAAUCUAGCAUAACAUGUUUGAAACUCAUUUGGGAGCCUGUUAUUGUCAAUGUUAUAUCUAUUGACCUGUCUCAUCAAUACAGCUUUGUCUGCACUAUAGUGGUUGUGCCAGUUCAAUGUGUGAUGUAACUAAGGUCCAUGUAUUUUAGAUUAUUUUGUAGAAUUUGGACAAUUCUCUGUUUAAGUAAAUAUGCUGUUUUGGUCAGUUAUUUUCCUUAAAUGUCAUCUCUUUCUGGGGAAUGUCUUAAUUUGUGAUGGAAGUUGGGACUGCUGGUUGGGGGAGGGGGUUGUGGCUCUGUCGGCUUUCAGAUCUAGGCCUACAUGAAGCUCUGUGGUCGUACUAGUAAUAAAGUACAGAAAUACAAGUGUCUUUUUCAUGUUCUCUUGUUGCCAUAAUAUGCUGUAGUCAGAGACAACUAGACAUUACUGUUUGCCUGCAUUGAUUCUGUGAGACAGCCUGCUCAUUUUCAUUUCUGGAGGGAGCAUUAUUCAUAAAGACUCCGCUGGAAUUCAAUUUGUGUCACUGAUACCCAUUUCAGAUAGGUGUGGUAUAUAAUUGCUACAAUACAAGGCAAUGGAAUUUGAACUGUAGAUGAGUGACAAUCCCAAAAUAUAUCCUCUUGAGAAAAAAGAGACUAAUAGCCUAGUCAAUGUCAAAGCAGUAACUGACGAAACGUCACACAAUAGCAAUCUAAAUUGCGUCGUCGGUAUGUUUUAGGCUCAGUUGCAAGAUGGUUCAUGAUAAAUGUCUUAACUAAAACCACAUUCCCUGUAACUGGCAUUUGGAACUACAAUUAAACAUAUUGCAACACC